UUUGUGUUAUUAUUCAAAAUAUUUACGUAUUUUUUAUUAUACGACUAAAUUACCUGGACCCACAGCUUUACCAAUUAUUGGCAAUAUAUUAAUGUUAGUUGGAAAUCAUGAAGAAAUAACUACCAUUGUAUUAAAUAAAGUACAAGAAUAUUCGCCGAUAUUUCGAGUGUGGCUGGGUCCUGUUCCACUUAUUUUUACAGUUAAACCAGAAUAUAUUCAAGAAAUAUUAAAUCAUGGUUUAGAAAAAGCAUGGAUAAUGAAACAAGCUGGUUAUCAAUUAUCUGGCGAUUCAAUUAUGUCAUCAAAAGUAUCGAAAUGGAAACGUAAUCGUAGUAUUGUAGUACGAGGAUUCAGCCCUGUACUAUUGAAAUCAUAUUUUAAAGUAUUUGUCGAAAAAAAUGUAAUAUUGAUUGAAAAUCUUAACAAAAAAUUAAAUGAUGAUAAACCAUUUGACAUAUUUGAUUACAUAUCAAAAACUACAAUGGAUGCAGUAUGUGGUUCUACAUUGGGAUACGAUGUAAACGCCCAAAAUAGUAAUUCGUCUUAUUAUAAUGCCGUUCAAAAUUUAUUUUUCUUAAUGUUUGAAAGAAUUUUCCAUCCUUGGAAAUUAGCUGACAUAUAUUAUAAGUUCACCGAAGAUGGUAAACAAUCUGAAAAAAAUCGAGAUGUGAUUUUGGGAUUAGCUAGUAAAAUAAUAACAGAAAAAAGAAAAAUCCAAUAUGAAAAUGCUAUGCAAAACCAUACUCUUGAAAUUCAGGAUAUUAAAAAGAAUGUAUUUAAUAAACCUUUGUUAGACUACUUAAUAGAUAUUACGGAGAACAAUCAAGAAUUUGAUAAUGAACAACUUCGGGAUGAAAUUAAUAUUGUAAUAUUAGGUGGCUAUGAAACAUCAGCUAAUGCUUUAAGCUAUGUGCUUCUAAAUUUAGCUGCACAUAAAGAUAUUCAAGAAAAAGUUUGUGAGGAAUUAUUUGAAGUUCUUGACGGUGAUCUCAAUCGUCCAAUUGAAAUAGACGACUUACCAAAAUUAAAAUAUAUGGAUAUGGUCUUAAAAGAAUCAAUGCGAUUAUAUUCAACAGUUCCAAUAAUUGCAAGAGAAAUAACGAAAGACAUUCAAAUGGGGGAUUUUCUCAUUCCUAAAGGUUCAACUUGUGUUAUACCAAUUCUAAGUUUACAUCGUGAUCAUAAUUUAUGGAAGGAACCAUUAAAGUUUGAUCCAGAACGAUUUACUCCAGAAAAUAUGAAAGGUCGCCAUCCGUAUGCGUACAUUCCAUUUGGUGGUGGACCAAGGAAUUGCAUUGGUAUACGAUAUGCUUCGAUGUUUAUGAAAACAUUAUUAGCAACGUUAUUAUGUCGAUAUGAAUUUCAUACUGAUUUAAAUUUAAAUGAAUUAAAAAUGCAAAUGGAGGUUUCGUUAAAGCUAGUUGGUGGACAUCAAGUGCGAAUUACAUCCCGUAUUAAAAACUAAUUAAUAUUCCAGAGUGAAUCAUUUUAGUUAAUUUAAGCAGUAAACUCUUCAAGAAAUGCUUACUUAAAGAAUAAAUAAUACUGGGGUUUAUUUACUUCCCCAUUAAUUAUAAUUGCUUACACUGCCGCUGCCUGGAUUCGAACCCGCUACCUCCCAGCCAGAAGCCAAAUGUUUAAAUUUCGGUGGAGCCUCUACUCGCUUUGAAUGGUUUGGAAGGGGGCCUUGCAUUUAAUAUUGGUUUAUCUUUUAAAAGUCGACUGAUCUUUAAACUUUUAAUAAUAAAAACAAAUAAUUUUUUGAAAAUCAAGUAGGUUCGUUAAUCUGUGUGUGUCUAUAGGUAACUGCCAGACUAAUGUUCUUAGACUUAAAAAGGACAUUAUAAUUGCUUUCAUCUUUCAUCAUUGUGAGAAAUAGAAUACAAUUAUGAUAGUUAGAUUUAAUCAUUGAAUUUAUACUGCAUCUAUUUUUACCCAUUUUAGGGAAAAGACUUUCCAAAAAUAGAAUAUUAUACCCAUUGAAAUACCAAUUUUCAAAAGGUAAUAUAUGGCUUUAGACUCGAAGAGUUAUUCUCGAAGAUAAGUGAAAAUCACCGGGAUGUGUGAAACAAAUUUAAUAAACACUUUUUUUAUUGCUUUCAUGUUUCUUUACCAGCCCUUAACCAUUCAUAAAAUAGCCGAUUAAAAUUCUGGCUGGACAACCUGUAAUUUUUGCUACGUUUUCACUUAAUCAGCACUUAUAUUAACAACAUAUAUUAAAUGACGUCAUAAGUGACGUGUGAACGUGAAUGUAUUUUUCAGUGAAUGUUUUUUAUGUUGAUGCAGUAUCCAUAAUAGAACUUCACAAUUUCUACAUAUCCUUUUUUUCGGGUAUCCAUCGAUCCAACUAGACAAGAAACGUUUCUUAUUAAACCUUAUGUUACAUGUAGCAUUAUAAAAUUACAUUGCAAGAUAAUCUUGGUUCUUGGGCUUUAUGUUUAAGAAUCUCCUCAAUUUUUCUUAUUGUCGCAUUAACCGUUUUAUGGGCAAAUAAUUUUGUGAGGGCCUAUGAUCCCGCAUAAAUUUAUUAC